AUGACGGAGUCGUCAGGGAAGUUAGCCGCCCUGAGCGUUGAGCACGGUGGUACAAUCACCGAGUUAAACAAGAUUAGGAUGGAGAAUAGGCAGGCAGAUCGAAGAAGUGCCGUGUGGCGGUUCCGUCCACCCAGAGGCAUCAUCUUGAUUCAAGUCUGCAAAGUUCUGGUGCUGACAGUCACGCUAUUCGGAGAACGCCUAAAGACUGGACGAACGCACCGCCACAGAUUCAGCUCUGUGGCGUCGAGUGUCGCAGCUGAAUGUCGCCUUCAGCACGGCGUGGCCGGAGUAAAGCUAGUGAGUGAUGAGGCAGAAGGCACUACUACGGAGGGGGGGAAAGAAAAGCCAUGGCAAGUGACGCUCAGUGAGCAAUACAAUCCCAUUCCCCUCCCUCCCCUGCUAGUAACGAUGCGAUCCAUGGCGGGUGAUGAUUGUCACACUAGACAGUAUCCCGGCCAGAUCUCGGCUCCCACUGACCAGCCUGAUCAGCAUCUAAGUAUACUUCAGGUUAGGAUGUUCAGUGAGGCUUCCAGUUUCAGGGGAGGAUUGGGGGCCGGGGAAGUCAUCACUGACUUCCACUUUCAGAGUGUAGACUACCAUCUCAUCCACAAACCCAUCCACCCAUCCACUCAGGGUCCAAUAUUUGAGACCUCCAUCAUUCGGGCGACAACGGCCCUCUGUGAGAUCCAAUCCGCCUAUGAGGAUCGCUGUGGAAGCGAUCCGUGCGGGUUACGCGACAUGAACCCCUCUGUUGCAGGGUCAUUGCUGUUUGGAUGGACAGCUGUGGCAAGGUGUUCCCAGUACGCUGUGCUUAAGCUGUUUUUUAAGGUGCUGUGCUGCAUACAUACACGUGAACCCGAGAGACCCGGGGCGUUUUCGUGUUUGGUUGGAUACGGAAUCCCGGUUACCCUGGCACCUGGAUGGAGUACCUGCCCUUCAAUUAUGGCUCUCGGCCCCGCCAGACUGAGCACUCUUCUUGGAGGCAUCCCUGCCCAGCAUCAUCGUCCGACGGUCGACGGAAUGGGGCCAGGCGCAUGGCGGUCGCGAGAACGAAGGAAAUAG